AUGAACUGUGAGAGCCUUGUCCGGGAGUGCUGGAAUUGUAAUUACGACUGGGCCGGUUCUUGUGAGGAGAGUGAGCAUGAUCUCAAAGGUGUGUCAACAUCACCCCAAAGUGGUCGUGAAGCGGCUUGUCGCGCAUACCUUGAAGAUCAGUCCUCCGUUAUGUCGACAGUGUAUCGUUGGGAUGAGGAUAAAUGUUACUACUACGAUUGCUCGUCUAGUGUCACUUACAAGGCAGGAUACAAAGCAUUUGUGAAGACAUGUACAGCGGAGUGCCUCAACGCAGCCAUGUAUUUUCACCCUGGACAAAGAUUAACAGGUUCUAGUCCAACGGCUAGUGUAUCAAGCCUAGAAGCAUGCACAUUAAAACUAACCGCGACCUCCCAGUCGGGCGCUGUGUCUUAUAGCGGGAAUGGUGCCACAGAAUGUGUGACAACAACCGCUUGCUCAACCGAUUGUCCACUUCAAACCGCCUCAGCCCCUGAGUUUGACUUGGUUGUCUUUGAUUGUUCAGGAACAACGACGGCACAAGCACCUACUACCACAUCUACUACAAUUACAACUUCGCUGGCUUCUACAUCACCAGCAACAACACCGACCACUGAAUCAUUAGCGACAACAGCGUCAGUGACUUCUACAUCACCAGCAAUAACACCGACCACUGAACCAUUAGCGACAACAGCGUCAACAACGUCAGUGCAGAAUGCGAUAGAAACAACAUUUGUGCAAGCACCAUUGGCCAGGCUGUACAUAAUGCCAUGUAUCUGUUACACUGGCCAGGAAUGGACAAACCUCUCUCAGUCUGAAAUCAUUAAUAUCCUUGUCAAGAAUUUAACGAUAAAUACGAAGGAGACUUCCCUCAACCGAUACAGAUAUAAAUGCAGGCCUGAUUCCAGAGAGUCGUCAGCUAAUAUUGGUCGUUUUGCCACUGCUGUUAUGAUCGUCAUUGUUGGUGUUGUUGUGUUAGCAGAUUUAGGAACAUGCUGCAAAGGGAGAUGUUUAAAAAAAAGCGUAAAAAUGAAAAGAACCAGAAAGGUGAUACCGGCUACUUUAGAAUAA